CCCUCUCUCGCUGCAGAAACAGCUCCCUGCCAACACAACGCACGGAAUUGGCUUUGAAGAGGAGGAGGAGGGAGGAGGAAAAAAAAAAAAAAGAAGCAGCCGCCUUUGAACAUUUCUUCUUCAUCGCCCCCCCCCCGCCCCCCCAAUUGCCUUUCUCCUCUAGUUGGUGGAUCUAAACAAGUCAAGAGAGACAUUGGAGAGCGAUUUCCCUCCCUCCCCGUCCUCCGUGGGUGCUCGUUCUCACUCCCCGUCCUUCCUCCACGCGCCUUCCCCGUGGGCCCCCUUCUCCAGCCCGAGGAGCCCCUUCUUUCCUUCUCUCCUUCCUUCCUCCCUUCUCCAGGGCGCGCGUGGCCGGAGCGAGCGGGCAGAGGCGGUGGUGUGCGGGGAAUUGUGCGCCAGGGGCCCGGAUGUUCUCCGAGGAUGCUUUGCAAUUGUACUAAAGGAGGCAGUAGUGGAAAGGAUCAGAUUUUGGGCUUUGAUGCAAUCAUGGGAAUCAGGUAAUACACCAAGCGGGGGGAUUUAAUCGCCGCCGACGCCGACGCCGCAGCAGCAGCACUCACUCGCAGCCGCUUCGGUUCCCUUCCUUGAACUGCUGCUCACCCCAUCUGGGGUGGGGGGCUUAUUAUUAUUAAUUAUUAUUAUUUUUUGGAUUUGGAGGAAUUCAAAUUAGAACUCCUGCUUGGUUGUAUUUUUGGUUGUUGUUCUUUCCUCGCUCUUCUACUUCAAUGGUCAGUGAAAACAAGAGGAUGUACAUUCCAGAGGAAAACCACCAAGGUUCCAACUAUGUGAGUCCUCGUCCAGGUCAUGCCAACAUGAAUGCCAAUGCAGCUGCAGGGCUUGCACCUGAGCAUAUCCCUACUCCAGGUGCAGCCCUCUCUUGGCAGGCUGCCAUCGAUGCUGCCAGGCAGGCCAAAUUGAUGGGUGCUGCUGGCAAUGCGACAAUAUCCACUGCUAGCUCAACGCAGAGGAAGCGGCAGCAGUAUGGGAAACAGAAAAAACAGGGUACUACCACAGCUACACGUCCUCCCCGGGCAUUGCUGUGUUUAACACUGAAAAAUCCCAUUCGGAGGGCAUGUAUCAGUAUUGUUGAAUGGAAACCAUUUGAAAUCAUUAUUUUACUGACUAUUUUUGCCAAUUGUGUGGCCUUAGCUAUCUAUAUCCCUUUUCCAGAAGAUGACUCCAAUGCUACUAAUUCCAAUCUGGAACGAGUGGAAUAUCUCUUUCUCAUAAUUUUUACAGUGGAAGCAUUUUUAAAAGUAAUAGCAUAUGGACUUCUCUUUCACCCUAACGCUUACCUCCGCAAUGGCUGGAAUUUAUUAGAUUUUAUAAUUGUGGUAGUAGGACUUUUUAGUGCAAUUUUAGAACAAGCAACCAAAGCAGAUGGGGUAAAUUCAAUAGGAGGCAAAGGCGCCGGAUUUGACGUUAAAGCACUUCGGGCUUUCCGAGUAUUACGCCCCUUACGGCUGGUAUCUGGAGUUCCUAGCCUCCAGGUGGUUUUAAAUUCCAUUAUCAAGGCCAUGGUCCCUUUGCUGCACAUUGCCCUGCUGGUGCUGUUUGUCAUAAUUAUCUAUGCUAUCAUCGGACUGGAGCUUUUCAUGGGCAAAAUGCACAAGACCUGUUAUGUAACUGGGGUCAUAACAGAUGCACCUGCAGAAGAGGAACCUUCUCCUUGUGCGCCUGCAUUUGCACAUGGGCGGCAAUGUCAGAAUGGUACUGACUGCAGACCAGGAUGGGAGGGGCCAAAACAUGGCAUUACCAACUUUGACAACUUUGCCUUUGCCAUGUUAACUGUGUUUCAGUGCAUCACCAUGGAGGGCUGGACAGAUGUACUGUACUGGAUGCAGGACGCUAUGGGCUAUGAGUUACCCUGGGUGUACUUUGUCAGUCUGGUCAUCUUUGGAUCCUUUUUCGUUCUAAAUCUGGUUCUUGGUGUGUUGAGCGGGGAGUUUUCUAAAGAAAGAGAGAAAGCAAAAGCUCGGGGUGACUUUCAAAAGUUAAGAGAGAAGCAGCAGCUGGAGGAGGACUUGAAGGGAUAUCUGGAUUGGAUAACUCAAGCAGAAGACAUUGAUCCAGAAAAUGAAGAUGAAGGCAUGGAUGAGGAGAAGCCCAGAAACAGAAACACUCCAGCUGGCUUGCCUGACAAGAAGAAAGGAAGGUUUGCUUGGUUUAGUCACUCCACAGAAACUCAUGUGAGCAUGCCUACCAGUGAGACAGAAUCUGUGAACACAGAUAAUGUAGCUGGAGGUGAUAUUGAAGGAGAAAACUGUGGUGCACGGCUGGCGCACCGGAUAUCGAAAUCUAAGUUUAGCCGCUACUGGCGCAGAUGGAAUCGGUUCUGCAGACGGAAAUGUCGAGCUGCUGUCAAAUCCAGUGUGUUCUACUGGCUUGUGAUCUUCCUUGUUUUUCUCAAUACUCUCACCAUUGCCUCUGAACAUUACAACCAACCAGACUGGCUCACUGAAGUCCAAGACACUGCCAAUAAGGUACUGCUGGCUCUUUUCACGGCUGAGAUGCUACUAAAGAUGUACAGCCUGGGUCUUCAGGCAUACUUUGUGUCACUCUUCAACCGCUUUGACUGUUUCAUUGUCUGUGGUGGUAUCCUGGAGACCAUAUUGGUGGAAACAAAGAUCAUGUCACCCCUGGGUAUCUCGGUGCUGAGAUGUGUACGACUACUGAGGAUCUUUAAAAUCACAAGAUACUGGAAUUCCUUGAGUAACUUGGUGGCUUCCCUACUCAACUCUGUUCGUUCCAUUGCCUCCCUCCUCCUGCUCCUCUUCCUCUUCAUCAUCAUCUUCUCCCUUCUAGGGAUGCAGCUCUUUGGGGGGAAAUUUAAUUUUGAUGAGAUGCAAACCAGGAGAAGCACAUUUGAUAAUUUUCCCCAGUCUCUGCUCACUGUGUUUCAGAUCCUGACUGGGGAGGACUGGAAUUCGGUGAUGUAUGAUGGAAUCAUGGCUUAUGGCGGCCCCUCUUUUCCAGGAAUGUUGGUCUGUAUUUACUUCAUCAUCCUCUUCAUUUGUGGAAACUAUAUUUUGCUGAAUGUCUUUUUGGCCAUUGCAGUGGACAAUCUUGCUGAUGCUGAAAGCUUAACAUCUGCUCAGAAAGAAGAGGAGGAGGAAAAGGAAAGAAAAAAAUUAGCUAGGACUGCUAGUCCUGAAAAGAAGCAAGAGCCUGAGAAGCUGGCUGUGGAGAGAGAGACAAAGGAGGAAAAAAUAGAGCUGAAAUCAAUCACUGCUGAUGGAGAGUCUCCACCUUCUAACAAGAGCAAUAUAGAUGAAUAUCAGCCUAAUGAAAAUGAAGAAAAGAAUCCCUAUCCUACUACAGAGGCACCAGGAGAGGAAGAAGAAGAAGAAGAGCCUGAGAUGCCAGUUGGGCCCCGCCCACGCCCAAUGUCUGAACUUCACCUGAAGGAAAAAGCUGUACCAAUGCCAGAAGCCACUGCUUUUUUCGUAUUCAGCCCGAGUAACAGAUUUCGGGUUCACUGCCAUCGCAUUGUUAAUGAUAACAUUUUCACCAACCUGAUCCUCUUUUUCAUCUUGCUCAGCAGCAUCUCUCUGGCAGCUGAAGAUCCAGUUCGACAUUACUCCGUUAGAAAUCAAAUCCUAGGCAAUGCAGAUUAUGUCUUCACUAGUAUCUUUACAUUAGAAAUUAUUCUUAAGAUGACUGCUUAUGGGGCUUUCCUCCACAAAGGCUCUUUCUGCAGAAACUACUUCAACAUCUUGGACCUGCUGGUGGUUAGCGUUUCUCUCAUCUCCUUUGGGAUCCAAUCUAGUGCCAUCAAUGUUGUGAAGAUAUUACGAGUCCUGAGAGUGCUCAGACCACUAAGGGCCAUCAACAGAGCCAAAGGCUUAAAGCAUGUAGUCCAGUGCGUAUUUGUAGCCAUCCGAACUAUAGGGAACAUUGUGAUUGUCACCACAUUACUACAGUUCAUGUUUGCCUGCAUAGGGGUUCAGUUGUUCAAGGGCAAACUGUACAGCUGCAGUGAUAGUUCCAAGCAGACAGAGACAGACUGCAAGGGAAGUUUUAUAACUUACAAGGAUGGAGAGGUAUCACAACCAAUGAUCCAGCCUCGAAAAUGGGAGAACAGUAAAUUUGAUUUUGAUAAUGUCCUCACUGCCAUGAUGGCCCUCUUCACUGUUUCAACCUUUGAAGGUUGGCCAGAACUGCUGUACCGAUCCAUUGAUUCCCAUAUGGAAGAUGUGGGCCCUAUCUAUAACCACAGGGUGGAGAUCUCAAUUUUCUUUAUUAUCUACAUCAUUAUCAUCGCUUUCUUCAUGAUGAACAUCUUCGUUGGUUUCGUCAUCGUCACUUUUCAGGAGCAAGGAGAACAAGAGUACAAGAACUGUGAGCUGGAUAAGAACCAGCGUCAAUGUGUAGAAUAUGCCUUAAAGGCCCGUCCCCUUCGAAGGUACAUUCCCAAAAACCAGUACCAGUAUAAAGUGUGGUAUGUGGUGAACUCCACCUAUUUUGAAUACCUGAUGUUCAUCCUCAUCCUGUUGAACACUAUCUGCCUCGCUAUGCAGCACUAUGGUCAGAGCUGCCUCUUCAAAGAAGCAAUGAACAUUCUCAAUAUGCUCUUCACUGGCCUCUUCACCGUUGAGAUGGUUCUGAAAUUAAUUGCCUUCAAACCCAAGGGUUACUUUAGUGAUCCUUGGAAUGUUUUUGACUUCCUCAUCGUAAUUGGCAGCAUUAUAGACGUCAUUCUCAGUGAAACUAAUCACUAUUUCUGUGAUGCAUGGAAUACAUUUGACGCCUUGAUUGUUGUGGGUAGCAUUGUUGAUAUAGCAAUCACCGAGGUGAACCCAGCUGAACAUACCCAAUGCUCUUCCUCUAUGAACGCAGAGGAAAACUCUCGCAUCUCAAUCACGUUUUUCCGACUCUUCCGUGUGAUGCGUCUGGUGAAGCUCUUGAGCCGAGGGGAGGGCAUCCGCACGCUACUGUGGACCUUCAUCAAGUCCUUCCAGGCUCUCCCUUAUGUGGCUCUUUUAAUAGUGAUGCUGUUUUUUAUCUAUGCUGUUAUUGGUAUGCAGGUGUUUGGUAAAAUUGCCCUGGAUGAUACCACAGAUAUCAAUCGGAACAACAAUUUUCAAACUUUCCCUCAGGCAGUCCUGCUGCUUUUCAGAUGUGCAACGGGUGAAGCUUGGCAAGAAAUCAUGUUGGCAUGUCUCCCAGAGAAGAAAUGUGACAUGGACUCUUUUGAACCCAACAACUCUGUUGAAGGCGAACAUUCCUGCGGAAGCAGCUUUGCUGUUUUUUAUUUCAUCAGCUUUUAUAUGCUUUGUGCCUUCUUAAUCAUUAACCUUUUUGUAGCUGUUAUCAUGGAUAAUUUUGAUUACUUAACAAGGGAUUGGUCAAUUCUGGGCCCCCAUCAUCUGGAUGAAUUUAAAAGGAUUUGGGCAGAGUAUGAUCCUGAAGCUAAAGGACGUAUUAAACACCUUGAUGUGGUGACACUCCUGCGUCGAAUACAACCUCCAUUAGGUUUUGGAAAACUCUGUCCUCACCGAGUAGCUUGCAAGCGCCUCGUCUCCAUGAAUAUGCCACUCAAUAGUGAUGGGACGGUUAUGUUUAAUGCAACUUUAUUUGCCUUGGUCAGAACAGCAUUGAGGAUCAAAACAGAAGGUAACUUGGAGCAAGCCAAUGAAGAGCUGCGUGCAAUUAUUAAGAAAAUCUGGAAGCGAACUAGCAUGAAACUGUUGGAUCAGGUUGUGCCCCCAGCAGGUGAUGAUGAAGUAACUGUUGGAAAGUUCUAUGCCACAUUCCUGAUUCAAGAGUAUUUCCGGAAAUUUAAGAAACGCAAAGAACAAGGCCUUGUUGGUAAACCUUCACAACGGAAUGCUCUAUCUCUUCAGGCUGGUUUGCGAACAUUACAUGACAUUGGACCAGAAAUUCGAAGGGCAAUCUCUGGAGAUUUAACAGCAGAAGAGGAAUUAGACAAGGCCAUGAAAGAAGCUGUUUCAGCUGCCUCUGAAGAUGACAUCUUCAGAAGAGCUGGUGGCUUGUUUGGAAAUCAUGUUAGCUAUUACCAAAGUGAUGGCAGAAGUUCAUUCCCCCAAACCUUCACUACUCAGCGUCCUUUGCACAUCAACAAAUCUGGCAACAAUCAGGGAGACAUAGAAUCUCCAUCCCAUGAAAAGCUUGUGGAUUCUACCUUCACCCCAAGCAGCUAUUCAUCAUCAGGCUCCAAUGCUAACAUCAACAAUGCCAACAACACUGCUCUGAGCCGCUUUUCCAGUCCACCAAACUACCCCAGCACUGUCAGCACUGUGGAAGGCCACAAUACGCCUUUGUCACCUGCAGCAAGAAUUCAUGAUGCUUCUUGGAAACUUGGCUGUAGACGAACAUGCUAUUAUGAAACAGUGGGGCGAUCAUGUUCCAGAGACAGUCAGGUGGCUAUUGUUUGUGAGGAGGAGGCUUCUCUGGAGGAGGAAAUGUAUGAUAAGCAACUGAAUGAAGGAGCUGAGUACUGCAGUGAACCAAGUCUGCUGCCUAGUGAAUUGCUCUCAUACCAAGAUGACGAACAUAGACAGCUAACUCCAUCUGAAGACAACAAAUGGAAAGACUCUCAACACUCUCCAAAGAGUGGACUCCUACAUUCCUUAUCCCUAAGUCGAAAAGCAUCUUUUCAUCUGGAGUGUCUAAAAAAACAUAAAACUCAGAAUGCAGAAGUCCCACAGAAGACAGUACUACCCUUGCAUUUGGUACAUCAUCAGGCACUAGCAGUUGCAGGUUUGAGUCCUCUUCAAAGAAGCCAUUCUCCUCUACGGUAUUCUCGAUCAUGUGGCACACCUCCUGCUGCAUUCUGUGCACAGGAUUGGCCGCAACAACCUAUUCAAACACUGCAACCUGAAGGAGAGGAGUCUGAUGAGAAGCUCAAUAACAGUUUCCCAUCGAUAUAUUGCAGCUCCUUAUACUCUGAUAGCCCCAGCGCUAGCAGUACGCGAAAAGCUAGGCCGGUAUCCCUCACAGUUCCCAGCCAUACUGGAGAUUGUGGCAGACAAUUUCAUGGCAGUGCUAACAGCCUUGUUGAAGCGGUCUUGAUUUCAGAAGGACUCAUGCGGUUUGCUCAAGAUCCAAAGUUCAUUGAGGUCACAACUCAAGAACUAGCUGAUGCCUGUGACUUGACAAUAGAAGAAAUGGAGAAUGCUGCAGACAACAUUCUCAGUGGUAACAGCAAGCCAAGCCCCAAUGGCAACCUCUUGCCUUUUGUUAAUUGCAGGGACCCAGGGCAGGACUGUUUGGGAGAGGAAGCAGCCCAAAACCCAGAUUGUAGAAAAAGCCAAGAGGAGCCUAAGGACAGCAGGAUUUAUAUCAGCAGCUUGUAGCUGCCCAGGCUGAAAUGAUGCUGGUUUUUUUAUUUGUUUCAAUGUUCCUAAUGGGUUUGUUUCAGAAGUGCCUCACUGUUCUCGUGACCUGGAGUAACCAGAACAGCGUUCUUCAUUCAUUUGUCAGGAAGAAUCACAGAGUUGGGUGAUGUAAAGAGCUUUCCAGGAGUAACUAUACAACCCCAGCACGUGUCCAUGAAGGAGGAAUGAGGAGAAGUAAAAGGAGAAGAGCCAGCUCCCUCCUUUUUAUUCCCUGCACAAGGAACAACAGCUGCUUCCUGAAUGUGAAGGAAAACCUCAGCUUCCUGUGGAUGGCCCUAGCCAAAAGGACACUGCAUCAAACGGGUGUCUUUCAACUUUGCUUGUACAAAAAAAAUCAUUUUGCACAUAUUCUGUAUGAGCCUCGCCAUCUCCAUAAAGCCAAGGCCCUUUUGAUCUGCAAGUGGAAUAGAAGACUUCUGCAGCAGAUCCCCACAUUUUGUUGAGGAAACAGAAGUUGAAGGGUAUAGGAGAUGCAAGUGGCAAUACUGCAGAUGCUUAUUGAUAGAAAUGCAGAGACUCCCCGGCAGUUUUCUUUGCCAACCAAUCAGAGCUCAGGCAGUCUUCUCUGCCAACCAAUCAAAGCUCUGACAGCUAGCUGUGCCCACUGCUCAGAGAGCAUGAAGCCAGCUCUGUCAAACCGGAGUUCAGGCAACCCACCCAUUUCGAAGAGAGGUGGUGAUGGGCUUAUGUAGAUCUCUCCUUGUUUUUGCUGUUUGAUAUUUUCUUGAAAGCAUGUUCCAAUUUUUAUUUUUGAAUAUUUUAUUUUAUUGAAUUUUAAUUUUUGAAACAGAGGAGUGAAGGGAGUGUUUACAAAAUUUUGUAAUCACCUACCUUUUUGUUUUUGUUUUUCACUUUGCAAAUGUUUAAAAUUGUUUUAUGUUGUACUAUUUAAUUUUUUGUUUUCUUCCAUUGAGAUUUGGUAGAAGCUUAGAGGAGUUUUGCCAACCAUUAUGUACACCAGAAUUUGUAAUUUCAUUUGAAGUACUGGUAUAUUCCUUCUUUUGUUGAUGUUUUUUAUAAUUUAAAGAUAGUAGGCAAUGCACUUGAUAUAGUCUUGCACAUAUGAGCGAUCCAUUUGGAUUCUUAAUAGUGUUAGGGUAUGUGGGCAAGUGAGCAGGACUGAGUGAGUGAGUGAAUGAUCGAGAGAAUGCACACUUAGAAGUAUGUAUGUUCAUACAGUUCUCUGCUUCCUGACUAUAACUGCAGGAGAGCUGUAUCGGGGUCAUUUGUGUGCAAAAUAAACCACUGUCUCUGCUUUUGAAAGGGGAAUCAGUAACUCUUUGCAUUUUCUGUUCCACAAGAUAUGCAAAAACAAUGCAAUAAUUAAUUUUGAAUACAAUUUGUGAAUUGUGCUGGCAUUAAAAUGGUAUAAAAUAGGGGAUUAAAACAAAAAAAACAAAGAAAACCAACUAAGAAGGAGUUACGUUUCAAUAUAUUCUGUGUGAUGUUUUAUUGCAUUGAUAAUGUUUCUGUUGAAGAAACCGUAAUACUUGAAUUCAGGUCAGUUUCAGUAUUUUUCAACUAUUUUUUUAAAAUGAAUUGCAAUUGUGCCAAGCAAAUAUAAUGAAUUAAGUUUGUUUAAGGGGAAAAUAAUGAUUCUUGUAUAUUUUGCUGCAUGUAAAGUAAACCAUUUCGUAUUUGGAGUGUGCCAAGCUUUACCUUUGAACUUUUAAGUGCUUUUCUACGCGUGGUUUGGGGGAAGAGUAUACUUUUUUCAUUUUUUUAGUUUGUACAAUGAACAACGUGUACCUGGUGUUAAGUAACUGUUCUGCAACCCACUGACAGGUUGAACGUUAACUGAUUUUGCAUAUCUUGUGUUCACCUUCCUUUUUCUGCCCGUCCUUAAACGUGCAUGUUAAAAAAUUGGGAAACACAUCUUGCUUUUUGAAGCUGGCAAGUUUUAUCCAGAUUUCACCCAUUUGCACAGUUUCUCUCAAUGAAUUUCGUCAUUAAAGAAUGGCAAAGUCCACAAGCCAAGAAAAUCAGGUAGAUCCAUUCCUAUAAACUGAACUGGCAUCAGCAACUCUACUAAGGAGGAAUCCCUCCUUUAUUUUAUAUCACAGAGAAAAUUCUAGAAUAAUGUAGUGAAAAUAAAUCAUGAUUUUCAGGGUUAGGCAAAGAUUUAGUAACAUCUUUAUAUCAGAAAAUAUACAGUAUCCUUUUACAAAUUUGCAUAUUUAGAAGGUUAGGAAUACUUUAGAGGCUAAGCUGAAACAUUUUCACAGUAGUAUAACUAGGAAAAGCUAACUGAGAAUACAACUUUUAAACUUAUAUUUUAACAACACGUUAUCAACGGAAAGAACAAAUGCACCAAGUAUAUGAUAGAAAACUCACUAAAUAGCAGCAUUGUCAAUAAAUACUGAAAGCAGAUGAUGAAGUAACCUGGAGACAAAUCAACAAUAUGAAAAUGAGGCUCAAUGGAAUAUUAUUCUAGAUUGUAUUAAGUGAAGAAAUGUUUCUCACUGUCAAGUUUUAAAAUCACUUUCACAAUAAAAGAAAAUUGGUGGUGAUUAAUAAAAUGAUGAAUAUAGAUAAUGUGAAAGAAUCUGGAAAGUCUAGCUAACAGAAAAUGAUAACUAAUUGGAUCAGAGAGGAUGUGUUGGCUAGUUUUAAAAACAAAAAAAACUGAUGGAAAUUGUCAUUCCAAUUCAGAGAUGUAUGUAAGCAACAGCAUGCUACUCACAAACUGUAUGCAGACAGGCAUACAUCAUGAAUGAAUUAUGGGGUUAGAAUUACGACCCCUUUCAAAAUGCAGACACCACAGAAAAUGCAUUCUUUUAGCUGAUAGCACAGUUGAUGACAUAUGUUGGUGUAAUACUAUCGAUGCAACAAUAGAUGUAUGUACUUUUUGAGUAAUUGCAGAAAAGUAUCCAAGUUCUGAUUUGUGAAACAAUCCUUCUCUGCACACAAUCUCAAUCUGAUGGCAUCUCAUGGCUAGUCAUUAUCAUUGGCCUCAGGAUCACUAGCACUUGCUGGAGUUCCAAGAGGGUAACAGCAACUCAUCAACCCUCCUGCAGUCCCAGAGACUCAAGGGCAGAAUUCCUGUCCAGGGAAUGACAUAGGGCCAGUGUUUCUCAAACAUUUCUUUUCCAGAUGUUUUGGAUUUCAGAUCCUAGAACCCAUGACCUUUGGCCAGGUAGGCUGGUACUUCUGGCAGCUAAGGUCCAAAAUAUCUGAAGAAUCAUAGUUUGAGAAUCACCGAAGUAGGCAAUGUUCUUUGGAAAUACUGUACACAUACUACAAGACGGGAAGUGUGCAAAUACUAAUCAUGAUACGACACAGAUAAUGACAGGAAACGUAUUUAAACUACAGGGAAGUGAGGGAGGAAUCUAAUUAUGACAGAAAUUCCGUUAUUUAUUUGAGAAUUAUGUAAAGACAGCAAACAUAUUUUUCAGACUAAGUUGCAAAAUAAUGUUCUGAGAAUGGUUAAAUUUCAAGGUACCCUAUCUCAAGGUAGAGGCUCACUGCCACAUGACAUAUACGUUCCCUUCCCAAAUUUUGACAAACUCACAUUCUAUGAAUAUUCAAGCCACUUACACAGAACUAUUCUAAAUGAAGUUAAUUCUGCUCUGAAGUAUGUGAAUUGUGCAUUGUUCUAUAUAGCCCACCCUCCCCAACAAUUAAUGAUACUGUUGGGUAGCUUAUAGUGUUAAUAUUCAAAAUAUAUAGUGCAUCUGUUCCUCCCUCCCCCCUUAAUACAUUUUAUUUGGGUAGAAAACUGGACUAAGCAAACAGUUAUAAAAAUAAUUUUUGGAUCUCUUAUAAAAAUUGUAUUAAUAAGGUGGGCCAUUCCAUAAUAAAGCCUCACCUGAUAGUACCCUAGGUGUCAGAGUUAAGAGAAAUUAGAACCCUGAUCCAAAACUUCGAAUAUCCUUUUCAUCAGCAUUCUACAGUAAAUGAUUCUGGAUAUUUAAUCAGAAAAACUGCCACAGCAGAACAAACUGAAAGUUAUUUUCCUAUGGCUAAAGACAUCCCGACCAGCAAGAGAAAUCCAUACUAGUUGAGAAGCAAACACUAGUUUAUUAGAUGCAACCCAACACAAGAGUGAAGCAUACCUAAACACACUGAAAUACUCAGUUGUGUUCAGCAAAGCAGUCAUAGACUUCUUUUGCAUUCUAUUCAGAUAUCUAUUCAGAAUUUUUCAAGCAAAAAAGAUUUUUAAAAGAAGCUUAAACUGGUAUUAAUAUAAUUUAAAAUAAUAUAAAUUGAUGGCAAACAGUUAAAAUACCUGUUUAAAAAUAAGAGUCAAAUAAGAGUUCACAGUACAUUUUAUGCAGAUCUAUUCAACAAUAGGUUCCACUCAGUUCAAUAAAGUUUACUUACAAGCAAAUAUGUAUAGAAUUGUAGUUGAAAACAUCUUCCAAGUGAAGAAUGCCUUUAAAUUAAAUCUAAAAACUAUUGAAAAUCACUAUUACAGAAACUACAAUUCCCUGAAUCAUUUGUUUUAGAAACACUAUUAUGUGUGUGUCUGUUACCACAUAACAACUGCUCAAAUAAUAGCAUUAAACUCUUUCAUCAAUAAUCACUUGUUCAAGAGUAGACAGAUGAGUCUGCCUUCCCAGAUACAAGCAUGCUCCCUUUCCCAUUCAUUCUAGCAAGGGACUGCCAGGGCAUAUGAUAAAUGCUGUAAGACACUACAAACUCUUUUCUAGUAGAGUUUUAUUCCAAUUAUCUAUGUAACUAUAUUCUAGCAAUUAUAAUGAAAAGAUUAAACAGCAUAUACUGCACUUCAGUAGAUUCCAGUUCAUUUUAAUAAACAGAUAGAAAAGCUCUUUUUUGCAUCCUUAUAGCUUUUUAAAUCAGGCAACCAUUCAUUCUCUUAUAGAAGCCUCCAAGAAUGAAACAAAGGGUGUUUUUUGUAAGAAUGCCACCAUCUAUGAUCAGUAAUAUCUUACUCAAGGAUAUUUAUAAUUGAUUCUUCAUUCCUUAUUUCAUACCAUACAGUAGAUACUCAAAACAAAAUCUCAGCCAUCAUAGAAUCAUAGAGUUAGGAGAGACCUUGUGGGCCAUCCAGUCCAACAUCCUGCCAAGAAGCAGGAAAAUUGCAUUCGAAGUACCUCCAUCACACUCUGGGGCAGAGAGUUCCACUGUUGAACAGCUCUCACAGUUAGAAAGUUCUUCCCAAUGUUCUGUUGGAAUCUCCUUUCCUGUAAUUUGAAGACAUUGUUUGGCGUCCUAGUCUCUGGGGCAGCAGAAAACAAGCUUGCUCCCUCCUCUCUAUGACUUCCCCUCACAUAUUUAUAAAUGGCCAUCAUGUCUCCUCUCAGCCUUCCUUUCUGCAGGCUGAACAGGCCCAGCUCUUUAAGCCGAUCCUUAACCAGUAAUCAUUAGAUAAUUAGAUAUUCAUAAUUUGUCUGGAAAUAACUUGUGUUUUUCUGCUAGGACUGUGCUUGAGAAAUCCCUUGAAUAUCUAUAUGAAACUAAUUCUAUGAACACACACACAUAUAUAUGUCAUAUACUUUCAUUCAGAUUACAUUAAUCCAGGACAAUUGUCUGUCUUACAAUACACAUAAUCAUGAUCAAUUUCAGAUUAAUGACUGGACAUAGAAUGACACUGUUCAAAGCUGUAAUUCAUUGUUUAUGAAUUACAUAAGUAAACUACAUAUAACACCUUCAAUACAACAGAGAUAUCUUCCAUGUAGCCUGUCAUCAUAAAAUUCUAAUUUUAUACUGAUUUCCAAAAUAUGGGAGCCUCAGCAAGGAAAGUUGUUCCCAUAUCAUGAAGGAAAUAUUUGAACCCCAGGAACACAUAUGGAGGAGGGGUCAAUUGUGAAGUCAUUCUAAUGUUAGCAUAAUCUUAUCUUGAAGGGGAGGUGCUAUUAUAGAAAGGUACAUUAUGGACUCCUCUCACCUUUAUUGAUACUGUGCGAAAAGCAUUGGAAACAGCUAAUUGGUUUUAAUACAACUUUUAAGUAAAAUCAGAAUGGGACCAAGGUUUUACAGUGGAAUUGAACCAAACAUUCAAGUAUGAGUAUUAGGUAUUUAAUAAGCAAAUAAAAGUAAUCAUGAUAUAAACUAGCCCCAAAGUGUUCUAACAUCUUCAUUCCAAUCAAGAUUAUUGCCAGUACUACACUGCCAGGAACGAUCAGAAAUGCUGACUUUUAUAUGUUUCCAUAUGGAAGUUUAAAUUCACAAGUAGAAUAUUACCAGUGUUAACUGGUUGCGUAUGGUGCUAUAUCCUUAUCUCUUCUGGUAUUUAUUUUAUUAUUUAAAUAUUUAUAUUGAACCCAUCUCAGGAUGUGGACCCAAUAAGUUUUUAAAUUUUAAAAAGGCAUAUUUUAGAUGGUUCAACUCAAUUUAGAAUGAUCUUAAACAGUUUCUCUUCUGCCAGAGAAGUUAUCUUUCAUCCACACCUGUCAUCCUUAAUAUCCCACUACUUAAUUAUGUAUAAAAAUUAAACUAUAACAGAGCAUCUAGUAUAAUCUAACACAAACAUUUAUGUAAUCUAAUGCAUAAACCUUUGUGGACCUUGGCCAGAUUCAAUAGGUCCACAGAAUUAAAUUGCAACUUUGUUGAAUUAUACAAAGAUGUGGAAAACAUGCAGUGAUAAAAUAAUGAAUUUUAUAAAUAUCCAAAUCAAUGAGCAUAGCCUCAAAGUGGUGGUGAAGAAUAAGAUAUCAAUUUCGCACACAGUCUGAUCAAAAAUAAUGGUUUCCACAUGAGAACUAUGCACAUUGAUCAGGUAAUACACGGUCUAACUUGUUUACCUUUUCAGUUUCUGCAUAUUUAUUAUCUCUAGGAGACUAUGCACAUUCAACAGGAAAUAUACAAAACAUUGUUCCUUUACACUGUUUAUUUAUGCACAUUAUCCGUGCCUUUCUGUGAACAAUUGCCUGUUCAUGCAAAUUCUUCAUUCAGUUUUCAUUAACUACAAUAUAUACUCACCUAAAAGGAGUUAAUGCUUUGUUUUCUCUUCAGCAGUGGUGCUAUAAUUUCUGUCAAAAUAAGUAUUCACAAAAUGGGCAGCCUGUAGUCAUAUAUUAAUGAACUUAUUUAUAUAGAAUGUGGAACAGCUUUUGUGCUUAUUAGACCAGAUAAAAGAAUGCUUAACAGCACUGAAAAACAUGAAAUUUGUGUAGAGUAGCUUCUUUUGCCACCACUAUGCAUGUUAGGGUACCAAUUCUAUCUUUGAUUGAAUAAAGAAGCUUCAGACUCAAUUUCAAGUGACCAAAUGACAGGGAGCCCCAUUGACAAACAUAUAACAUUUAAGUUUCAUGGCAUUUUAUUCUUCAUUUGUAACUUCACUAGUUUCAAACACUGCUCUACAGGUGUUUGUAACUGAGAGCUUGUUGGAAAAUUGUCAGAGUUUGCUGUUGCCGGCACAGUUUUGCUCUGAGUGGCUGCCCUUUCUGUUAAAGUGGCUGUAGCAGACACAAAUGGAGAGAGACUUCAGGGAGCUGAGCAAAGAGCUACUGCCUCCUUUGAAAUGGGGCAUGGGCCAGGACAUAGUAGGGGAAAGUUUGUUUCCAUAAAAUGUUCGUUCUUCUUUUCUUUGUAUUGGAAUUGCAUGCUGGAUGCAACUGCUGCACUGCAGAUGAAAGCUAUACAGAAGCUAAAGACUACAGAGUAACUGGGGGGAAGCCAACCAUCACUUCAGUUUGUCCACACAUGCAGCUUGACAACUGUCUACACAGCAGGAUAAAGAAAUUUUAUUGCAAAUACUACUGUCUUCCCCAAUAAUCCUUGGUUAUACCACCAGACCAGUUAUUUUGGAUGUAUUUUCUUUUUCCUUCCUCUUUCUGUAUGGUUUCAGUGUUGGGAGGAAAUGUGGGAUUAAUGAUCCAGAGCUGGAGUUCCCCUAGCCCCAGAACUUUUCUGCAUAGUUUGCCUUUUCGAGCGAACACAUGUAAUGAAGAUGUUACAAAGAUGCAGGUGUUGCUGCUAUUGUAAGGGAUCCAAUCUGUUUUAUUACCCCAAUCCCUAUUGUUUAGAGGGACAGCCAAAGGAGCACUAUGUACAGAAUUGCAUUUUCUUCUAUGUUUUUUAACCCUAACCCUGGCCCCACCCUGUUGAUGACUAUGACAACAACAAAGGGCAAAUGCAUUUUUUUACAUUUCUUGAUGAUUUUCAAAGCAAUGUAUCAUUGCUUUCUUUAGACUGAUGCCAAUAUAACAGUUGUAUGGGUCUCAGCCAGCCUCCUGUGUCUUUUUCUGACUGAAGGUUUAAACUCAUUCUACUUUUACACAAAUAUUACUUGACAGACAAGAAGACAACUUUUGAAUCGGAUAUACAAAUGAUUACCCAGUCAAACAUGAAACUAUUGCUUACAGAAGGACAGAUCUGAAUCACAUUCUGCAUGAUUUUACAUCUAUUUGUACUAAAACAUAAUAUUCAUAUAUGCUAUUACAGAAUAGGAAUUAUGAAACAGUGAAGUUGGACAGAUGAAUUGACAUCUGUAUAGAAUUAAUCUGCUAGAAUAAUUUUGGCUUGGUUUUUACUUCACACUGCAUAGAAAGAAUUCUUUUAUAUUCCAGUUAUCAUUUUCAAGUACGUAGUUAAAAAAACGUGGUCCAUCUAGAACGGUUAACAUUCAAAAAUAAGUAAGAUUUAAUAACAAAUGUAUGUUAAAAAAUUGUGCCAUAUACACAAUAUCAUUGACAGUGCUUUAGGCAAUAGAGAAAAUGCACAGAAAGAGAAAGGUAUAUUUCGGUGUCAAUGCUCUAUUUAGACUAGUCAAUGCUGGGAACAGGGAGGCUAGUGGUCAACAAGAUCAUUAAUCAUCUAGAGCCUAUGGAAAGAAAUAAAAAGUAACUGGACCCAGUGAGAUCAACAUAAUGAAAUUAAUAUUAUGCAUUUGUUAAGUUAUGCAGUUGGAAGGAACUGAAAUAAUAGUUUUUAUUAGGCAUAAACAGAAGAAUUGGGGGGAGGAAAACUUUUACAAAAAUGAAUGACCCUGAUUUAAUAGCAACUACACAAAAAACAGUUUCUUUUGAAAAGAUACGGGCCAAUCCUUGAUCAGGGAGAUAAAGCAUAAAAUUCUACAAUAUAGAAGUAGUCUCUCCUAUUCACACAAAAUCAUCUUUUUACUGGCUUCAGCUUCCACAACACAAUUAUUUACUAUCUGGUAAGGACUCCAACGAUGUUCCUACAGCUGGAAUCACAGCAACAAUGCAGCCUCCAGGACCUCCUAUAGGUCCCCUGGAGGUCAUGAAGGAUGACUGUGUAUCCACCUAUAGCAAUAUAGCUAGACUGCUGCCACACACACACACCCCUCAAAAAAAUCACCAUUCCCAGUAUGGUGGAACAGGUAAAAGAUACAUUUUGGGGACAGGUUUAAUCAAUGCAUUAGGCCAGUAGAAAAUUCUUGACUCUAUGAUAACCAAAGGAAUUAUUUACCCAGGAGUAAGUUGGAUUUAACGAGGUCACUUAACGAGGUAACAACUGGAAUUCAUACAUAAUGUGGUUCCCUAUACUGAGACUAACUGGGUACAGUUAUCCUUUACUUGUACUAAAUAAAAAGGUUUAACCACAUUUCAUGUUACAACACAUGCUCUGUGCAAUGUUAACUUAGAGGUUGCAUUUUGUGUAAGGGGGGGGGGACAACCACAAAAACUUGGAAUCCAUUGUGGGGAGGGGCUCACCUCUGCCCCUUCAAAAUGUUUGCUGUGAGGAUGAGGAAUAGUGGAGGGAGAAUGUUUGCCCUAAAACAGAAUGGCAUGGUAUCAGUGUGGGAACUUAGUCCCUCUUCCUGAAUACACACCACAAUGAUGAACACUAUAGUACUGGGGAUGGAGGAGUUUAAGGCAAUCUGUCAGCAAGGCCCUGACCUUAGCAGUAUAUUGCAGGGAUGGGGACAUCCUUCUGUACAUGGGAAGUCACAUUGCACUAUGUCAGAUAGUCCAAGAUUGAAUAUAGAUCAAGCUGCAAUGAGCCCUGAUUCUGUGUGAUAUACCACUGUAAAUCAGAAUGAUGAGAUGUGGAGGUUUACAGCACAAACCUUCUAAUCAAGUAGUAAAACAGCAGGCAAGUUCUUUCUUGCUUAUGUAAGCUCUUUCCAACCUUGGACUCUAGGGCCAAAACAGCACCUCAUCUUUUUCUACUUUUGCCAUUUUCACUGCUUUUAAUUAAUUUAUGUUCUUCUGAACGUUUCCACUAUUGGAAAACCCGUUAUUGGAUUUUAAUCUUUGUAUAUAAAAAAACAUGAGUGGGUAGUCUUCCAAUUAUGCAGAAACAUCUGUUCUACUCAUUAGUGUAAGAAUACUAGUGCUUUAGAAGAAGAAAUGGGACUUGAAACAGCACACAGAGCUUGGAAAUAAUUUAUUGCAACUCAUUUGUGACCCCUAAUUUCUUGACAUAUAACAUCCAUUCUAAAACCUAUCAUUUAUGUUAAAUAUCUGAGUAAAACAGAUGUGUUGUAUGAAUUUAAGCCAUUGCUUUCUUCUAACAAUGGGUAAUUUUAUUUUUUUAACAUAAACUGACAUGUAAUAUUUAACAAAUUAAUUUUAUAGGGCUAAAAAUAUAAUUUCCAGUCUUUGGUAGCAGUUUAUCCCCCCCCCCCCCUUAAAAGAAGUGGUCCUGUUUAAGAGUCUAACAAGCAUUUUCUCCAAGCAAGUCAUUCUGUUCCCCUACUCUGAGUUCCAUUUUUCUUUUCUCACUCAACAUUUUGGGGUUACUGGGCAUAGUUCUUCCUCAAUCAGUACAUGGUGGGUACUCUUUUAGCAUUUUAAAAAGUAUUUGUGAUUCUGAAGACCCCAAUGUUCUGUAAAGCGUACCAAUUCUUCCACCAUAGUUCCCAGAACAAUAUUUACAAGCCUUUUAGAACACACUAGCAAAAAAAAUGGAACAAGGAGCAAGGAUGAAGAUGAUGUUGCAACCUACAGUGAUCUCACCUUAUAAUGUUUUUUCAGUACACUCUAUUUCUCCCUGCCUGCUCCCCAAAUGACCUGAUGAUAAUAGAUUCAAUCCAUUACAACAUUUUCUUGCCAAAUUAACAUGAUUAAAGAUAAGUUUGAUAAACUAAGCUGUAUAAUUUGAGACAAAAAACCAUUUUCACCUUAUCUCAGCUUCCAAGAAAGCUUUACUGCACUUAUUGCUAUAUGUGUUUUGUGCUAUGCAGUGUUAAGAGAUAGGACUACUGAAUGUAAUGUGCUAUGAGUUUAAAUGGGGAAAAAAACUCUCCCAUGCUUUGAAAGAAAUCCCCUACCAUCCCACUUAGGGUGGAGCCUGAAGAUUUACACAAAUCUUUAGUUUUAUUUGCUUUAAUCAUUUAUAUUAUACAUUUCAAAAAAUAAUGUUCAAAGGGACUUACAGAUAAGCCUUCAUGUAGAAACCAUCCUAUAUUUUCAAAGCUCAUAAAAUUAGUAAACUGCUGCAAACACAUACCUGACCCACUGUCAGCAAUUAACCAAGAACUGAUGUGGAUAAUCCAUACUAGUAAUAUAUUACUAGUAUGGAUUAUCCAUACUAAAAUAUUUAUAUUAGCACAGAAAACAAACACUUUUGGUUCAUUCUUAGCGUUAUCACUGGUCACAAAAAAACUACAUGAUACCAUUAUCUGAGACAUAAAUCUAGCAAUUACUGAUUCUCCCGUGCUUUCUUCCCUGCCUACCUUCUUUCUGCUAAUAGUGCAUCAGCCUUCUACUCCUAGGCCAUCUGAAAGGUUUUGCAACACUACCAUAUUUUCUUCAGUUCCUCCUUCAUUCAAUUUUAGGUUUUCACCACUUGUGAUUUUCCAGAUUUUCAGCUGUUUAUCCCCUUAUUGAACCAAUUCUGUUGGUCAGUUAUUGGAAUUUUAUUCCCUGUAGAGGUUAAGAAAAUCACAACCCAAAGGGCUGCCAAACACAGACCCACAUCUUCAGUUUUUUAAAAAUCACAGAUUAAAUUUUACAAGUUGGGCCCAUAUAAUUCAAAUUAUCAAAUCUGAUAAUCCACAUUAUCUGCUUUGAACUGGAUUAUAUGAAUCUACACUGUUCAUAUAAUCCAGUUCAAAUAAUCCAGAUUUUAUAUGACAGUGUAGAAGGGGCCUUGGAUCCCCUUCAUGUCAUUCUGGACAAUGGAGGUGGCAGGCACUGAGUACACCCCAUAGGUUUUGAAGGGGAAAAAAUUACUAUCUCUAUGUGGUAAAGGUAAGAAGAGACUGGUGAGGCAUUGGAAAGAAAAUACAUUCCCAUGUUACAGAGGUUGUUACCACAGUAACAGGAAAGUCACCGUGGCUGUUUAGUGUGUACAAUGAAAUGCUUUCUUAGGAAGAGUGUGUACCCAUCUCCUUCCUAACAAAGAGCCUAAUGUCUGGUGAAUUGUCUACUUACUUGGAAAUGGGAAUAGAAUGAAGAGGGGCCUUUUCUUUCUUUUUUUCCCUAUUAAAAACCCAGAAUGUUCAGGCAUGCUGGGCAAUCAAGGCAAAAAUGUGCAAGAUGUUUUUAGAAAGGAAUAAUUGUUAAAUGGACAAGGAUAUGAUGAUCAGGUGUUGAGGGGAAAAGAAAAAGUGGGGCUGCAAAAUAAAUGCAUCUUCUGAGUCCUCCAAAAAUGAUAGCACCCCUGCCCCUCAUCAACCUCCCUGCCCACACCUUGCAGCCCCCCCUUCCCGUUAUUUCAACAAGGAGCCCAAAGCAGUGUUUGCAGUACAGCUUCUUCCACACUCAUGUUUCAUCGAAGCUUGCAUUUGCUUCAGUUUCCUGCUUCUUCUAUAAGCACUCUUGCAAUACUGAUCACUGAGAAGUUUAGAAUGUUCUUGGCAGUUCAGGCAAUCAGAGACUUCUCAUUAAACAAGUUGGACACAUAAAAGUGGUUACACGUUAAAAGACUAUUUGAUGUUAUUAGUUGGUUUACCAAUCCAAGCAAAUUCAGAUAACAUUUUGAUUUCAUGUUUACCAUUAUUUUGAAAUUAAUUAAAUAACAUCUUUUUUUAAAGUAAUAAAAACUUUUAUCGUUAUUUACAUUUUCCAUCAGAUCUAAGAACACAGUAACAUUCUUCUGUUAGAGCUAAUAAUAUGUAAAGAUGUAAUUUAGAUAACCCAUACAGCUGAACAAGAAAAGAUAUCGAGGCACCAAGGUUGCAAGUCUCUCACAAAACAUAAAUACAGGAACUUCUCUUGCAAUACACUUAUAACCUCGCCUAAUCAGAGCUUCCAUAUUAGCAUUUUCCAUGAAAUAAAAAUGUUAGAUAGCCCUACCAAGAGAUAUAUUUAUGUUUUAUAAUGCAAUUUCUAUGUCAAAAAUGCCUCUCCUACAGACAUAUUUGGUUAUCUUAAAGUGUCUGAAUGAAUGAGGUUACAUUGUGCCUUCAUUGGAGGAAGGGAGGGAGGGUGGGAGGGAAGAUACAUUCCUAAAAGAAUGAAGAAAAAGCUUUUAAAUGUAAUGCCUAUUAUUAUCUUGCUCAAAAGCCAAGAUAAUUUAGGGUAUUAUACUGAAUUAUUCAUCUGCUCUCAUUUAUCUCUACAGUUACACACUAGAAGAACACAAGCAUACAUGCAAUAUAUGCUUACCCUUAAUUAUUAAUACAUUAAACAGAGAGGGUUAAUUCUGGCAAAAAUUAAGUAUCCACAAUUCGAGAUUACAUUUCACAUGAUGUGGGUGCCUGCAUAAUAUUCAAAUGUGACUUCUUGGGCAUCCCUGACUUCCAAUGACCAUUAUUAUUUUUGAUAUAAUAUAGACUUCUGCAUGUAACUUCCUUUCUCAUUGCUUUUACCUAUGAAUGAAGUGAACUCUCAAAAGCAUAAAUUAGUCAAGAUGUACUCUUAUUCUACUUUUCUCCCUUCCCCAACCUAAAAAAUGAUAUUUUAAAAGACAUCCAAAGGCAUAGCUAUUGACCAAGUCCCUCAUUUUAGGCCCACCAUUAUACCCAUAUUUUGGACCUAAUUUCAGUAAAGCUAUUGAAAUCACAUUGCCCUUGCAAUACAAAAUUGUAGUUUGUAAUCAUAACAUAAUGCUACCAUUAGUAAAAACAAUCAACUCCUCCCUUUUCUCACACAUUUUAAAGAGAGUGAAUGAUCCAAAAGUGAGUUAAAUAAUUGCCUUGGCGUGAGAUAUAUGUAUAUAAUUGUAAAAUUGCAUUUUUAUCUAAGGAAUUAUGUUAUUUUAAAAAUUGCUAAUAAAUUUUAUAACACUG